AGCUAAUCUUUUCCAUCUGGCUUGAGUCCAUACAAAUCGAUUCUUACUUUCAAUAGCGUUAAUUCAAAACUUUAUUUAAAAAUAUUACAUGCACUUUACGCCUUUUAAUUUUGUGUUGUGUAUAAUCAAUCAUAAACGCUUUAUAAGCAUAUUGGUUUAAAAUCACCUAGGGAAUUUAUAUUGAUCUUUAAAACUUCUGUUCAGUUAAUUAAAACCAACGCGCUGACAUAACAUGAAAAAGGAAUAUCAAUCAAUCUGGGAUAUUAUAAAACACACAAAUUGAAUAAUAAAUGUAACAGCGAACUGUUUAAUUACUGUAAAAAUGGAGUCUACGGUUGAAAUGAUUACAUGUCCAAUAUGCCAGGACAUGUAUAAGAAACCGAAGUAUCUACCUUGCUUACACACGUUCUGUGAAUCAUGUUUAGAUGGGUAUAUUGUUAACAUUGCUAAUAUUUGUGCCAAACUAGAUCAACUCCCAGCAUCCAUAUUUGACAACAAACCGUACGUCUGGACAGGUGAUGGAUUUCCGUGUCCGGUUUGCAGAGCACACGUGCAGAUUCCAGGCGACAAAGUGAAAACCACUCAGCCAUCACGAUGGGCAACACUAUUUCCGAUUAACCAUCUUGUGCUAAGCAUCAUGGGAUUCGACGCGAUACCUGUUGAGGACAGCAUGUGUACGCCAUGCGAAAAGAUUAACGAUCCGAAACCCGCCGAGCACUGGUGCUUAGAAUGUUCUGAGGCGCUUUGCCAUCUUUGUGCCAAACAUCAUCACGUUCUCAAAGCGACAGAUUCUCAUUCUGUCAUCAGACUAACGGAAUUGAAAAACCACAGUGGUCCAAGUAGCCAUGAGGAAGUUACACAAUGUCAUGAUCAUCCGGGACAUUUGUUGGAUAUGUAUUGUGUGGACCACAACAAGGUCGCUUGCUCCGAAUGUACAAGGAUUGAUCAUAAGUCAUGCGAAACGGUUAUUCCAGUUGAUAAAGUUGCUGGCGAAAUAAGGGACUCGUCCGAAGCUUUGAAACUGUUAGACAAACUGAAAGAAUGCAACGAGGAAACGGAAUGCAUCGUCCUAGAUAGAAAGAGGACAUCGGAUAAGUUGAAUUCUACUAAAGACAAGGUAUUGUCAAAGGUUAAGGCUGUUAGGAUAGAAAUUAACAAAGUAUUAGAUGAACUUGAACAGAUGUUUAAGCAAGAUUUAGAGAAUACACACACCCAAGUAAUAAAUGGACUAGAAGAUCAGAUCGGGAGAUGUCAUCUACUUCAGAAAGCUGUUAAUAGCUCAAGGGCAAUCCUCCAAGCUGCUAUUGAAUAUGGGACAGACAACGAAUUAUUUGUUGUUGCUCAUAGAAUGGAACGGGAAUUCCACAAGUACGAAACGGUUCUGGAAAAAGAAGAAUCAAACCUACGCGAUAUUGAUUACGACUUUGAGCAGAACUAUGAGAUAGAACAUAUUCUAAUGGCUCUUGAUGAAAUUGGUUCUUUAAAAGUUAACAAAACACCAACCGUUGUUUCGCCUUUCAUAAAGAAACGUGCCACUCCAGGUUCCAGAUUUGAUGCAACUUCGGCAAUGGACGAUAGAUGUGCUGAGCUUACAGGUGGCACGUUUUUGCCAGACGACAGACUAAUGCUUGUUGACAAUGCUAACAGGAAGUUAAAGCUUUUCACACCAGAUGGUGAUCUUUUGUGCGAAUUUGAACUUAGUUCAGCUCCAUGGGAUAUAACAUGCGUUCCGGGCGGAAUGGCGGCCGUUACGCUUCCGUCCGAGAAGAAAGUGAUGUUAGUAUCCGGGAUGAACGACUGUAUAACUCCAGUUGAACAAUUUAACACUUCUGGAAAAUGUUAUGGGAUUGCAUAUUCCUACUACGCAAAAGACCUUGUUGUUGCGUGUGACACACCUGGAGAUGGUCUAGCAACGGUCAAGGUCAUUUCUUUAUCUGGGGACGAACUACGCAACAUUGCGAUUGGAGAGAAUGGCCUAAGUAUCACAUCUCGACCGAGUUAUGUUGCAACAAAUCCAUUUGACGCCGACGUGUAUGUGUCCGAUGAAUGCAAUAAUACAAUUAUUGGAAUAACAACAAACGGAGAAAUAAGAUUCAACCACAAACAUUCAUACUUAAAGCUUCCGGUCGGCAUUGCUGCCGAUAAUCAUGGCUGCAUUUACGUGUGUGGCAACGGGUCAUGUGACAUACAUCAGAUGACACGUGAUGGCCAAAGAAUUCGCCUACUUACAGAUGGUUUACCACAUCCUCGCGCAAUUGCGUUUGAUCCCUAUGGUGACCGUUUCUUAGUUACAAGUGAUGGUUCUUACAAAAGUACUGUUCAGGUUUACACAAUGUCAUAACAGAUUUAUACGAGAAGCGUAAUAUGCCAUUACCCAGUUAUUAUAAACUUAAAUGAUAUUGUAUAUAGUGUAUAUAUAUUUGUUUUUUGUUUAAACAUGUUCUUUCCGGAGAGUUCCAAAAUUAGGCGACAAUAUCGCGCUUUUUGAAUUUCUUGUUAAGGCACAUAUAUGUAUAUACUAUUGUUGUAAAUAUUUAUGUAUUAGUAUCAAUUUCCUUCUUUUUUCUUUUCACUGUGCCUUUUUGUUUAUUUUUUUCUGUGAAUGUAAUCUAGGAGAUAUUGAAUUCAUAAUUCUCACAAAAUUAAUUUGUAUAAAGUGUUUUAUUGGAUAUUUCACCGUUCAUUAAAGAGUUGAUGCAUCGAAUGAUUUUAUUUUGCAU